AUGGGCUCGCGCAACCGCGAACGUCGGGCUGAGGCAGUGCAGAGCACCAACAACAGCAGCGCGCUCAGCAAGAGCUCCCUGGCCGCGCGCGGGUACGUGCACGACGCCUUCGCUGCCUUGCUGGUUCCGGGGACGGCGCGCCGCGCGCCGCUUAUCCACCGCGGCUACUACGUCCGCGCACGCGCCGUGCGGCACUGCGUGCGCGCCUUCGUAGAGCAGACGUGCGCGGCCCCCGGCACCCCUCGCGCGCAGAUUCUGUCGCUGGGCGCCGGCUCAGACUCACUGUAUUUUCGUCUCAAAACUGCGGGCCACCUGGCCGGGGCUGCUGUCUGGGAGGUGGAUUUUCCGGACGUGGCCGAGCGCAAAGCGCAGAGGAUUCGAGAUACGCCGGAUCUAUGCGCGUUAACCGGGCCUUUCCAGAGUGGAGACCCCGGGUCCACGCUGUGCUUUGAGAGCUCGGACUACCGCAUCCUGGGCCUGGAUCUGCGGCAGCUGCAGCGGCUGGACCAGGCCCUUGCCGCCGCGGGUCUUGACGCUGCCUUCCCCACUCUGCUCCUGGCUGAGGCGGUGCUCACCUACCUCGAGCCGGAUGAUGCCGCGGCCCUCAUCGCCUGGGCCGCCCAGCGGUUUUCUAAUGCCAUUUUCGUCGUCUACGAGCAGAUGAGGCCGCAGGACGCCUUUGGCGAGUUUAUGCAGCAACAUUUUCGGCACCUGAAUUCUCCCCUUCAUGGCCUGGACCGCUUUCCCGACGCGGAGGCCCAGCAGCAGCGCUUCCUUCAGGCCGGCUGGACUGCCUGUCGCGCCAUGGACCUGAAUGAAUUCUAUCGCUGCUUUCUCCCCGCAGAAGAACGCCGACGCAUGGAAAAUCUUGAACCUUUUGACGAGUUUGAAGAGUGGCAUCUGAAGUGUGCCCACUAUUUCAUUCUAGCCGCUUCUCGGGGAGACAGCCUCUCCCAGACUCGGGUGUUUCCACCCUCAGAGACGUUUCCUCGGAUAGAUCCUGCUUCCCCUUCAGGAGUCCUCCCUGCCAGUGUAGUCACUGGGGACACCCAGGGCUUGGGCCUUAAGAGAUUCGGCCACGCCUCUGUCCUUUUGAGCCCAGGCGUUAUUCUCAGUGCAGGAGGAUUUGGAGAGCAGGAGGGGCGACAUUGCCGAGUGAGCAAGUUUCACAUGCUCUUAAGAUACAGUGACUUUGAAUGGAAAGGCAACCAGAUAGGCAGUUGGGGAACUGGAGCUCAGUGGGAUGGACGCCUUUAUCACACCCUGACAAGACUUUCAGAUACUCAGGUUCUGGUUCUAGGAGGGAGACUGUCCCCAGUAACUCCAGCCUUGGGGAUACUCCAACUUUGUUGUGAGAAUGAGGAUAAUAGCACUGAGGACCCAAAUGUAACAGUCACGAAGUUCGGUCCAGAAGAAGAUUCCACCUUGUCACGUUGGCGCCAUUCAACAACAGAAGUGUCCUGUGAGAAUCAGAAAUAUUUGUUUGUGUAUGGGGGCCGCAGUGUGGCAGAACCUGUACUAAGUGACUGGCAUUUCCUCCAUGUGGGGACAAUGACUUGGGUUAGGAUCCCAGUGGAGGGAGAAGGACCUGAAGGUCGGCAUUCCCACAGUGCCUGCAGCUGGCAAGGGGGAGCCCUCAUUGCUGGAGGUCUGGGUGCUUCUGAGGAGCCACUGAGCUCUGUAUUCUUUCUGAAACCAAUCACUAGUGGAUUCCUCUGGGAAUCCAUAGCCAUCCAGCCUCCCAUUACCCCAAGGUACUCCCACACAGCUCAUGUAAUCAAUGGGAAGCUUUUGUUGGUUGGAGGCGUCUGGAUUCAUUCCUCUGCAGUUCCUGGAGUGACUGUUAUUGAUUUGUCUACAGGAUUGAGCUUUGAGUAUCAGAUUGACACAACAUGUGUGCCAUGGCCAUUAAUGUUACACAAUCAUACCAGCAUCCUCUUUCCUGAAAAGCAACAGCUCCUGCUCCUUGGAGGUGGUGGGAACUGCUUUUCUUUUGGCACCUACUUCAACCCCCAUACAGUGACAUUAGACCUUUCUCCUUUAAGUGCUAGACAGUAAAGACUGGACUUGCUAUAUAUUCAGGACCCACUAGAGUGGACAGUAAAGCUUUCCAAAAUAGGAUUUGACUCUGGCUUUGGAUAGUACCACUGCCCCUUCCCACUCCUUUUUUUGUUUUUGGUUUUUUCUCAGCACUGCUAUUCAGUGCAGAAAGUGGGAAAAAAAAAUUUUUUUUAAACACACCAAAAUUCCAAGAGAUGGUACAAAAAUAGAGUGGUCAUAUAGUCCUAGAGUAGGAUUUGGGGGCCUUUGGGUCCCCAUAUCUAAUUUCCUGGUGUUCUUCCCACUUUCUAAUCUGAGUUUACCCAUUUAUUGAGUUACAAUGACCUUUCACCUAAGUAAAGUGAAAAAUUUCCCACUCCCAGGCUUUGUGAUUUUAGAUGGGACCUUGGAAAAAGUUUCACACAGAUCCUUGCUAAGAACACAAGGUUGAAUAUAGGUGAAGGGACAUGGUUUUGACCUCAUUCUUCAUGUACAAAACCUGAAAUGAACCCAGUUGCAGUUUGAUUAAAGCACUGUACCACUUAUCUCAGCAGAGAGCUCAGAUAGCUUUAAUAAAACAUUUAUAUGACUUUAUUGAGACACAUGCUUUUGUUCAAUUUUUUUUGCCACUAGUUCCAUACUUAUUUAUAUUUAUAAAUGCUAAUAAAACGGUUUGAUUUCUCAGUUUGUACAUGA